AUGUUCUCCAUUAAGACAUCAAAAGGCCCAGUCUCAUUCACACGCUUCGUCGGUCCCUUCAUCAACGGCAAGUUCCAGCCCUCCCUCGCCGCAACACCCUCCAGGAAACCCCUCCUCAACCCCUGUACCGAGGAGCUUCUCGAGAACGUCGAAGAGGCCGGCCCUGAGGACGUUGAUGCCGCCGUCAAGUCUGCACAGGCCGCCCUCAAGGGUCCCUGGAAGAGCUUUACAGGCCGCAAACGCCGUAACGUCCUCCUUGAUAUCGCCCAGGCUGUUGAGCGGAACAUAUGGAACUUGACGGUUCUUGAGGCGGCAUGCGGUAAACCGUUGGAGGAGGCCAAGUUCGAUAUUGAGGAGGUGGUCGAGUGCUUCCGGUACUUUGCUGGACAUGCUGAUAAGCUCCAUGGACAGAACUUUGCGACGGAGGAUAAUCACAAGUCUUAUACGGUCCGCAAGCCUGUCGGUGUCUGUGGGUUGAUUACUUCCUUCAAUUACCCCCUCGUCCUCGCCGCCUGGAAGAUCGCCCCUGCGCUCGCAUGUGGUAACGCCAUCAUCCUAAAGCCAGCACCCCAAACACCUCUUUCGUCGCUGAUGCUCGGUGAACUCAUUGCGAAAUACACUGACCUACCUCACGGUGUGUUCAAUGUCCUGCCUGGAGGCGAGGCCGUUGGAUCGGCGAUCGUCAACCACAAGGACAUUCACAAGUGCAGCUUCACAGGAUCCGGUGGGGUCGGUCGCAAGGUCAUGGCGGGCGCUGCUCAAUCCAACCUCAAAAAGGUCACCCUCGAGCUUGGCGGCAAGAGUCCACUGAUUGUCUUUGCCGAUGCAGAUCUCGACCAGGCUGUUGAGGAUGUUUUUGGAGCCAUCUUCUCCAACAUGGGCCAGAACUGCUGUGCGGGGUCGCGUCUCUUCCUCGAGAAGGGGAUUGAGACAGAUUUCCUCAAGAAGCUGAAGGCACGCGUGGAGGAGGUUAAGAUUGGCGACACUCUGGACGAAGCCUACAAUUUUGGAACCAUGGUCGAUCGAGUCCAGUUUGAGCGGGUGUUGAACUUUAUUGAGAGGGCUAAGAAGGACGGCGAUUCGGAGCUGCUGGUCGGCGGUAAGCGUCAUGGCGACAAGGGCUACUUUAUCGAGCCGACCAUCUUCCACAACGUCAAGGAGACGGCCAUGAUUGCGACCGAAGAGGUCUUUGGGCCCGUUCUGUCGGUCAUGAAGCCCUUCUCCUCCCUCGAAGAAGUCUUGGAGAGGGCUAAUGCUACCCCAUAUGGCUUGGCCUCAGGAGUGUGGACCAAGGACCUGACCAAAGCGGAGCACUGUGUCCAGGAACUGGAGGCGGGUGUGACUUGGAUCAACUGCUAUAACCUGUGCUCGAGUCACCUGCCCUUUGGCGGUGUCAAGGCCAGCGGCUUUGGCAAGGACCUUGGUGCUGAGGCCCUGGAUGAAUACACCACCAUUAAAGCAGUAACCAUCCGCGUCUGA